AGUGCAGUAAGGUGCAGAGCUGUCAAGCUGUAGUGAACAACGAACAGGACAUUCUCCACGGAAAUUGUGUACGCCGAAGUCACCCCGUAAUUCGCCCUUUCCUUCUUCAUCAACUCCUCACGCUCCUCCGGACCGCAACGCCGUAGCCAUGAAAGACGCGUCCAAAGCCUGCGCGGUGAUCUUCCUCGGGCUGGUCGUCACAGCGCUGACGUCGGCCGAGCAGGAAAGUAGAGCUGGCACUGGAAUGCGCGAGUUUGUGCUCGCUGGUGGCGUCAAGAGCAGCUUGUUCGCGACGUGCGCCGCUCUCGCCAACACCGUCACGGGAGACCUGUUCUCCAUUGACCUCGGAGGCGGCAAAGAAUACGUCAGAUUUGCCCCCAAGAAUGUGAUUGCUGUUGAUUGGGUGAAGCUGAACAGCAGCGGCGCAUCGACGGACAUCAUCGCCUGCGCGGACGCCGCGUUUGCGAGAAAUGCUACCAUGUUCAAGAUCAACGGAUCUUGCUACGCCAGUGACAGCGUUCAGUACGACGUCAAGGACGAGCAGGACUGCGGUGACGCGCCUGCUGAGGUUGUCUACGUCAUGCCGCCUCCUCCCCAAAACGGAGAAUGGAUCGGAAACACCUUCCUUCUCUUCACCGAGUCCUCCUCUGACGGGUGCCUCCUCAGCAACAGCAACAACACAGGUCACGUCUUCAAUGAUGAUGACAAAACCCCGUACAACCCUGGACUGAUGCCGCAAAAGCUGACUUGCUGCAAUAAAAUAAUAGCCGGACAUUGCGUCGCGUUUGUGCAACGUCCUGACCCCACCCAAGGUUUCGCGUUCUGCGAGGCCAAGACUCGGUGCGAGGCCCUCGGCUUGCAGCUGGCGUCCUAUGAGUUGCAGACCAACACCGAAAUUCAGACGUACGCCAAAAAUCAAACAUCUGACGCGGCUACCCUCAACUCCCCUCACUUCCUCAACUCCCCUUACUCCCUCAACUCCACUCACUCCCUCUACUUCCUCCUCCGCAUCCCUCACUACUGCCCGAUAUGCUCCGCCUACCCCGACCCCUGA